GGUGGGGGAGGGAGGCCUGACGCAGCGCCUGUUUGCUAGUGUGCCACAGCUGGACCCUGACCAUGGCGGGCUGUGGCUUUUAAGUGUUGCGUUGCAUCACACACCAUGAAUGAAUUAACCCGCAAAGUGGACGCUUCAUUCUCUCCUAAAUCCUCGCCGAGGGGCUCACGAUCGCCAAUGGCUAACCAGAUGCUAUCCAGAAAUGACUCCACGGGCACGCUCAAGAUGACCAUAUCAGCGGGCAAGCACCCCGCGGUGGUCCACUCGGGGCCCUUCUACCUCAUGAAGGACCCAGCCACAGAGAAUGAGCUGACAGGUGCAAACAACCUGAUGGCUCAUUUCAACCUGGAACACUCCUACAAUAAAUUCACUGGCAAGAAGGUAAGAGACUCCCUGUCCUCCUUCUUGCCAACACUCCCUGGCAUCAUUGACACUCCAGCUCACCUCACCAACUCAUCUCUCCGCUCCCUUAUUGAAAAGCCACCAGUCUUCAAGGAGUUCACUUUACUCAACCAACAUCAGCUAGCAGCCUUCCGGCUCCACCCUGGACCACUGCCAGAACAGUACCGUUUCAUGAACCAGCCUUUAGGGCAGCGAAGGCACCGUCGGCAUCGCAAACACAAAUACCGUCCUGGUGAGACUCCUACACAGGAUGGCUCUGGAGAUGGGACAGAUAUGCAUGAAAAGAAACACAAGAAAAAGAAGAAUGAUGAUGACAAAGAGAGAAAGAAGAAAAAGAAAGAAAAGAAAAAGAAGAAGCAGAAACACAGCCCUGAGCAUCCUGGUCUCUCCAGCAGUGAUCCUAGCAGAGUUGGCCUGUGAGCAAGGUGACACAAAGAUGAUGUGUUGUCCCUGGAAUCCAGGUUCCUAGACUGUCCAGCACAGGUAAAGCUAUAUCUGUCAUGCUGGAAAUUGUCUGUCUGGAAAAUCAAGCAACUGUAGUUUGGAGUAUCUCAUUACAUUCACUCCUGGUGAUAUUUCCCAGUGAUGGCCAGAAAUCCAAGUUUGAGUUGUGGUGGUGAAUAUAUCACUAAGAAACUGGAGGUGAAUGAAAGUUAUGAACUCAAGAUAUCUUGUGCUGAAUGAAUGCUAGAAUGAUAUUUUUUUCAGCCACAGGGAAGCAAUAGUGGAUGUGUAUGGAGAUGAUGACUUUAAAUAUUUGUAUAUUUAUAUGUAUAGAUAGACAAUAAAUUUUCCAUUUAAGAGGAAGGAUUCACAACUCAGGAACAGAGUAGUAGCUGUUUGGAAGCUGUGGAGAAAAAUAUUGACUAAAUAUAAAACUUUUCAAUA